AAGGACUCUCGUCAUGUCUGGCCGGGGCAAGGGCGGCAAGGGGCUCGGCAAGGGCGGCGCCAAGCGCCACCGCAAGGUGCUGCGCGACAACAUCCAGGGCAUCACCAAGCCGGCCAUCCGCCGCCUGGCUCGGCGCGGCGGCGUCAAGCGCAUCUCGGGGCUCAUCUACGAGGAGACGCGCGGCGUGCUCAAGGUCUUCCUGGAGAACGUGAUCCGCGACGCCGUCACCUACACGGAGCACGCCAAGAGGAAGACGGUCACGGCCAUGGACGUGGUCUACGCCCUCAAGCGCCAGGGUCGUACUCUCUACGGCUUCGGCGGCUAAAGCUUUGCGUUCCUUUCGGACCACCGUAACAACAACCCCAAAGGCUCUUUUAAGAGCCGCA